UUUUGGCUGCAAACAGUGCUGCAGGGUCUGAAUGGAUCGGUAACCAUUUGGUCGAGGUGGUGCAGCGUGGCACCAAAGGUGGCGAUGAACUUGUCCAGCGUUUCCCAACUGCUGGAAGAUAUGGAAAAUUGGGACAAGGACAAACGCUUCAUGGCGGCCUCCGACUUGACACAAGAGGUCACAAUGUCCAACCAGGUCCUGGACGUUCAUCUUCAGAAACGAGUGUGCCAGUCUUUCGUAAAGCAGCUGGAGGAUCAGAGCAUUGACGUCCAGGGCAACGCGGUGAAAUGUUUGGCCAAGAUCGUUUGCAAAUUCCAAGAGCAACAGAUCGGCGAGGUGCUAGCCAAGCUGAGCCAGCAAGUUCUUGAUGGCAAAGCAGAGGUCCGAGAUAUCUAUGCAACUUGCCUGAAGGGUCUCCUGACAGAGUUGCCUGCCUCUUGCAGUGCGCUGGCUUGCCAGAAUGUCUUGCCCAAGAUGCUGCAUGGCAUCACAUCAAUUCCUUCACUAGAGGUGAAGGAAGAGUGCACCGAUGUUUUUCAUGAUUUUCUCAAGCGAUUCGGCGACAACCGAAUUAUGCAGUGGUCUGACCAGGACAACAUGGCGACCUCAUUGCUGAACUUGCUAAAGCCCAAGCAGCACAAAACCUCUCUUCGGAAGAAGGUCAUCGCCUGCAUUGGAGCAUUGUCGUCAGUUCUGGCUGACCGCCAGCUGGAUACCCUCAUGAGGACAUUAUUGGGGGACGUUCGCUCUGCAGGAACCAAAGCAGACAAACAGAAGUAUAUUCAAUGCAUUAGCACGGUGAGUCGGAAUGUAGGUUUCAGAAUUGGGCAGCAUUUGAAGGAAAUUGCACCUCUGCUGUUGCAAAUAGUCAACCAGGCAACUCAGGAGGAUGUCUCCAUGGACGGCGACAAUGAAAAGGAUCACGAGGUGGUUGAGAAUUGCUUGAAUGCCUUCGAGUGCUUCGUCUUGCGCAGUUCCAAGGAGAUGACUCCUCAUUUGGAUGAACUCUGUGGAGUGAUCCUGAAUCUCAUCUCCUACGACCCAAACUUCUACGAUUCGGGCGAUGCUCAGGACGCCGUCAUGGAGGAGUUUGAAGAGUUUGAUGAGGAUGGCCUGGUGGAUUCUGAUGAUGAUGACAAUUCGUGGAAGGUCCGAAGAGCUGCUCUAAAGGUGCUCGAGGCUAUGGUGAAGGGUUUGCCGGACAGGUUGGAUGAAAUCUACGCCAAGUUUGCGCAGCCGCUGAUCAAUCGCUUCAACGAGCGUGAGGAAAGUGUGAAACUUGAUGUCUUCACAACUUUCGGAGAAAUGGCGCAAGCUGCUGUGGUGAAGACGCAGCCCUUCUUAGUGGCAUCUGCGGGAGCUGCCUCUGCGCAUUCUUCUUCAUCCUCCUUUAUUUUGGAGGUCGAGCGGCCUGCCCCCCCGAAGGAAAGACCAAAUGCCCAUCAUUUGAUUGCGGUGAUGCCUUCAUACAUAUCUCAGCUGAACAAGCAGAUGCGUUCCAAGGCGGCGAAGACCCGACAGGGUGCUCUUGCGCUUCUGCGAACACUGUCUGAAUGCAUACCACAGCAUGUGGAACCAAAUUUCCCGCAGGUGAAAGACGAGCUGAUUCGGGCCAUGAAGGAAUCAAAUUCCUCCAUGCGGCUUGACAGUUUGAUCCUUGUCAGGCACUUAGCUGAGAAUUUUCUGACAGCCGCCAUGUUCCAACAGUUAGCCGCGGAGCUUUGCCCGUUGUUUCUAUCCUGUUGUUCGGAUACCUACUACAAGUCCAUCGCGCAGGCGCUUCGAGCUAUAGGGGCCUAUGUCUACACUUUGAGACCGGUUCCCGAGCAAACAAGCGCAGAGCUCAAAGAGAUGCUGCCGGUCUUCGAGGUUCUCAAAGCAAAACUUCUUGCGACUGACAUCGACCAAGAGGUCAAAGAGAGUGCUUUAGAGUGCCUCGGGCAUUUGGUGGCCUGCACUGGGGACCUUCCUGAGUUUCAGCCGAUGAUUCAAGACUGUUUGCCUGCUUUUGUGGAGCGCAUCAAGAAUGAGGUCACGAGAUCAACCGCCAUUAAGGCAUUAAGAACAAUUUGCAUGUCGAAGGUUCAAAUUGUUGCGAUAAGCUCUAUUCUUCCAGCAGUUGGGAGCAACCUGUCACAAUAUUUGAGCCAGAAUAGCCGAUCCUUCAGGCAACAGUGCUUGGAUGCACUUGUGCACCUCAUAAGAAAGUAUGGAAGUAGCGUCCCCACUGACACCACAAUGCAGAUUCUAGGCGACAUGGUGGCCUUCAUCACAGAUACAGAUUUAUACAUUACAGAUCUUUGUGUCCAGAUAGCCCUUCAGGUGCUGAUCACUUCUCCUCGGAUGGCAGCCGCUGUUAUUGAACGAUGCGUACCAGCAGUGCUGUCUGUUUGCCGUUCUCCUUUACUUCAAGGAAGUGCAUUGGACUCGAUCCUGAACUUCUUGUCUCGAGUGGCUCAGCACCGGGAACAUUGUCCCUUCGAGAAGCUGCGGCAGGAGCUCAGCAACACAUCAGUCAUUUCUUCGGCUCAGGCUCAGGCCCAGCGCCACGUCAUCGGUACUUUGGCCAAAGGUCUAGCUGCUGUGACUUCGUCUUCGGCGCCAGAUGUUCAGAAGGCGGCUGUUCAGCACUUCUUGGAAAGUGUUCGGAAGACUGCGGGAAAUCAAUCACCCGACGUGAUACACCAAUGUGAGCUCUCCCUGCUUGCUCUUGGCGAAACCGGAAAGUACACUGACCUAUCCAGUGUUCCCGGAUUCUGCGAAGUGAUUUUGCAGCAGCUUGAAAGCCAGCAGGACGAGAUUCGACUGGCAGCUGCCCUUGCAUUGGGAUAUGCCACUGUGGGAGCAAUGGGUACAUUGCUCAAAGCGGUUAUCGACAAUGUUCAACAGGCUGGCACUGAGGCUCCAGGGCAGAAGAAACAGUAUUUGCUCCUCACCUCUCUCAGAGAAGUCAUAGCCAUUGGCGUAGCAGAAAGGCACGGGUCCCGUUCAUUGGCGGAGCACCUGAAGCCACAUGUGAGUCGGGUUCUGCCGAUUCUGCAGCAGUAUGCGGAUUCACAGGAGGAGAGCAUGCGAAAUGUCGUGUCCGAGUCGCUGGGGCACCUUCUUGCUGUCGAUCAGGAAGCAGUGCUACAAGCAUUGGGAGCCUUACUGUCGAAAGAUAGGGAAAGCUGGCGAAUGAGAGCUGCAGCAGUUGCAUCGGUGCGAUUUGCUGCAGCGAAACACUGCCAGGCAUCAACUGUUCUGCCUCUGAAGGAAGCGUUGUUGACUUGCUUGGGAGAUGAAGAGCUUCAGGUUCGUAAAGCUGCACUUCACUCUGUCAACGUGGUUUGCGUUUCGCCAAGUUGCUCGGAAAUUUUGCAGGACAGCACCGACUUGAUCCUGGAGCGCAUUAAGGAGGAUUCCAAGCAAAGGCCAGAGCUGAUUCGAGAGGUUGACCUGGGCCCCUUCAAACACAAGGUCGAUGACGGCCUACCAUUGCGAAAGUUCGCAUACACAGUCUGUUGCUCACUGUUGGCAGCAUAUCCGGAGCAAGUAGCAUCUCCAACAAUCAUCGACCUUGUUCUCCAAGGGAUGGGCGACAAUGAAGACAUUCAGGUGAUUUGUUGUCAGUUACUGCAAGACCUGUGCUCUUGGAAUUUUGCAUUGUUCCGAAUUAUGGGCCGUGUGGGUGAUUUGGUCGAGCCGUUCGACCGUUGCAUCAUGAGAUGGAUCAAGCAGGUGCAGGCCAAGCAGCAAGUUGGUCGUGCAAUGGAUAUGUUGAGAUUAUACGCAAGGACUUUGAAGGUUGUUGAGCCGAUAGCCGAAGCCAACCAGCACAAGGUAUUUGUGGACUUCAUGGGCAGAAUCAUGAAGGACCCCGCCUUUGCUCAAGUCUAUGAGCAAGCCACAGCGGGCAAAGACUCCUUGUGAGCCCAAGAGGUAUUGACCCUCCUGUAGAUAGCGGAUCGGCCUAGGUGUCGAUUCUGUGUGCACUAAUUAUGGGCACACAAACUGAAUCCAAUCCAAGACGACUCACUUCCUCGC